CGACACUUUGUCUAUUUGGCUUCAUCGAAUUCACAAAUGCGCGACAAUGGAUGUUACUUUUUUGACGACGGUGAAGGCGGACAGGCAAUGAAAAUUCGCAAUAAGCUCGGUAAAUUCGAUUGCACAAAUAUUCCGAAGUUGAUGUCACGAAUGGGUCAGUGCUUUACGCAAUCGAAGGAAUGUGAUGUGACUUUGCGGCGUAGUAGGUACAACAAAACGUAUGAUAUUGUUGGUGGUAAAAAUUCACUCGGUGAGCCACAUACAUUUUCGGAUGGAGUUGGAACAAUGUCGGAAGAUUUUGCCCAGGAUAUUGCACGCGAUUUGGGUUUAGGCAAUUGCGUUCCCAGUUGUUUUCAGAUACGGCAUCGUGGCUUGAAAGGUGUGCUGAGCGUGGAUCCAGCACUGCGACUACGGCGAAUAUGGGCAGAAAAGAAUAAAGUGGAGGACAGGCCUGGUAAAACAGAAAAAAUGAACGAUUUAGACGUGCUAUUUCGACCAUCUCAGGUAUUUUUUGUCUCAUUUAGCUUGUUAUAUUCGGUUUUGCGUGUCAGAAGUGAAUGCUUAUUGUGA